CAGGAGGCAUGGGGUGGAGGGGCAAGGCAGAGGUGGGUCUACAGGGCAGGAACUGGCUGUGGAGGGCAGGAGGCUUGAAGAGGUCUUCCUGUUGGGACUCAAGCAGAGUUCAGGCCUUGAUCCCAAGCUCCCCUGCUGGGGCAGACUAGGGUCAGUGGAGGCCAGCCAUGACUCAGCCAGUGCAGGCUGGGGUGGGUACAACCUGCUGCCUUCUCUGCACCCACAAAGGGGCCUGGUAGCUUUCUCUUAUAGGACCCUCACCCUCCAAAAUACAGCCCCUCCCUGGUUUCCCAGAGUGUGGGGAGGGAGAGCGUGGGGCAGCUGCCAGGGUGCGGCCUGUAGGCAGGUGUUUGGCGUCUGCCUCCCCAGCUGCCCUGACAGGUGUCCAGGAGCUGUGAGGGCACAGUGACUCACAGAGGCCCUGGGGGAGAACCAGCCCGGCAAACAGGCGCCACCCAGCAUCCUUUAUGUCCCCCAAAUUAAGGAGGAACACUUUCAGCUUCGGAGUGUGUCUUGGACCCUCCUGGACCGGGCUGCCCAGACGGGGGAUCUCAUUUGGCUUUCCACCUGCUUUCGUGGUUCUAGCUCAAGGCCUCUAGUUCCCCUCACAACUUAAAUGCCCUUCUGCAAAGGUCUUCUGAGGCCUAGUGGAUGGGCUUGGACCUUAUCUGCCUCUGCUCCACAUCAGCCAGAGUACAGGCUUACCCCAGCCUCCUUACAAAUAAUGCUGUUUUGUUGCUCUGUGCCCAUCAUUAAGGGUCCUGCUCUUGGUCAUUGUCCUGUAUGCCCAUGUUUGUGGCCCCAGCUCAUUCUCCUCCCCCAUUUCAUAGAUGGAAAGGUGGAGGCCAUGGGCUAGGCCACUAAGCCUGUGGAGGACUUUCUUCUCUGCAGCCCUCAGGGACUCCUUCAACCUCCCUUUUUGCAGAGGAUGGGGCAGGGCUAGUAGAGGGUAAACUGAGAACAGGGGUGGGGGUGGGGGUCUGGCCCACUGGAAAGGAGCAGUCCUUUUGUGGCCCGAGCAGUAUCCCGUGGGCCCCUCCCCUCCCCUGCCAGGCCUGGGCGGGGGAGGGGGCCUGGGUUCCCGCUGCCUUAAAAGGGCUCAAUGCCUUGGCUCUCUCCUCCCAACCCCCCCUCAGCCUUGGCCCUGGCUGUGUCUUCUCUGACGGCCCAUUUUACCCGAGCCCCUCUCUUCUCCAUGACCCACCAUCUCCCUCUUUCCUAUACUCAUUCCUCCUCCAUCCUUACUCUCAGUCCUGACCACUUCCCAAAGGAGGCCUGGUCUCUCUCUGCCCCCUGCCCCCUAGUUGCCAGCCUCUGACCUGGCUGCCUUCCCCUCCUAUUGAAGCACCCUAGCGCAAGACCUUAUAUCCUGGAACUUUGGCUGUAAGAAGGCUCUUCUACCCACUUUGGAGACCAAGAAUGCUUCUAGCAGUGUCUAGGAUGCUGGUGGGCUGUGCCCUCCCCCACUCCAGGCUCUACUAAAGUUUCCCAAGUGCAGUCUUCACAUUGGCUGUGCUAGACACCACUGCCUUUUGAGGCCAUGGUGCAAGACAUUAAAUGAGAAUCUCAGGGGACCUGACUGAGCACCCUAAUGUCACAUGGGUUUGGGCUUCCUUCCCUCUGCCUCCCUUUCAGCCCUACAGUCCUGUGGAAACAGUUCUGGGCCCCCAAACAUCACAGAGGUUUUGGAAGCAGAACCCUAAUCAACCUAAGGGGCAGAGGGAAGAGGAGACUGAGGGUACCAUACUUGCCUCUAGUGUUCUCGUGACCUUUGGCUCUUCCUCCCUCCACCCCCACCCAGUGGAUCCCAUUGCAGCAAGGCUUAAGGAGGUCCGACUGCAGAGGGAUGACUUUGAGAUUCUGAAGGUGAUCGGGCGAGGGGCAUUCAGUGAGGUAGCGGUGGUGAAGAUGAAACAGACAGGCCAGGUGUAUGCCAUGAAGAUUAUGAAUAAGUGGGACAUGCUGAAGAGAGGCGAGGUGUCGUGCUUCCGGGAAGAAAGGGAUGUAUUGGUGAAAGGGGACCGGCGCUGGAUCACGCAGCUGCACUUUGCCUUCCAGGAUGAGAACUACCUGUACCUGGUCAUGGAAUACUACGUGGGCGGGGACCUGCUAACGCUGCUGAGCAAGUUUGGGGAGCGGAUCCCCGCCGAGAUGGCGCGCUUCUACCUGGCCGAGAUUGUCAUGGCCAUAGACUCGGUGCACCGGCUGGGCUACGUGCACAGGGACAUCAAACCAGAUAACAUUUUGCUGGACCGGUGUGGGCACAUCCGUCUGGCCGACUUUGGCUCCUGCCUCAAACUCCAGCCUGAUGGAAAGGUGAGGUCGCUGGUGGCUGUGGGCACCCCGGACUACCUGUCUCCUGAGAUUCUGCAGGCUGUUGGCGGAGGGCCUGGGGCAGGUAGCUACGGGCCUGAGUGUGACUGGUGGGCGCUGGGCGUGUUCGCCUAUGAGAUGUUCUACGGGCAGACACCCUUCUACGCCGACUCCACGGCUGAGACAUAUGCCAAGAUUGUUCAUUACAAGGAACACCUGUCUCUGCCUCUGGCAGACACGGGUGUCCCUGAGGAAGCUCAAGAUCUCAUUCGGGGACUGCUGUGCCCUGCGGAGAUAAGGCUAGGCCGAGGUGGGGCAGGUGAUUUCCAGAAGCACCCUUUCUUCUGUGGCCUUGAUUGGGAGGUUCUCCGAGACAGUGUACCCCCCUUUACACCAGACUUCGAGGGUGCCACGGACACUUGCAACUUUGAUGUGGUAGAGGACCGGCUCACUGCCAUGGUGAGCGGGGGCGGGGAGACACUAUCGGACAUGCAGGAGGACAUGCCACUUGGGGUCCACCUGCCUUUCGUGGGUUACUCCUACUCUUGCAUGGCCCUCAGAGACAAUGAGGUCCUGGACCCCACCCCUAUGGAACUGGAGGCCCUGCAGUUGCCUGAGGCAGACUUGCAAGUGCUCAACUUGGAGCCACCAGUGUCCCCACCCAAUCAAGUGGCAGAAGUGGCCGGCCCACCAGCUGUCCCUGUAGCAGAGGCUGAGACCGUCGUGACGCUGCGGGAGCUCCAGGAAGCCCUGGAGGAGGAGGUUCUCACCCGGCAGAGCCUGAGCCGCGAGCUGGAAGCCAUCCGCACUGCCAACCAGAACUUCUCCAGCCAACUGCAGGAGGCCGAAGUCCGGAACCGAGACCUGGAGGCUCACGUUCGGCAGCUUCAAGAGCGGAUGGAGAUGCUGCAGCCUCCGGGAGCCCCAGCUGUCAUGGGGGUCCCCAGUCCCUGGGCCAUGGAUCCACCUUCCCAUCUAGAUGGCCCCCCGGCCGUGGCUCUGGGCCAAUGCCCGCUGGUGGGGCCAGGCCCCGUGCACCGCCGUCACCUGCUGCUCCCUGCCAGGGUCCUUAGGUCUGGCCUAUCCGAGGCGCGUUGCCUGCUCCUGUUCGCCGUUGCUCUGGCUGCUGCCGCCACACUGGGCUGCACUGGGUUGGUGGCCUAUACCCCAAUCUGGUGUUUCCCGGGAGCCACCUUCGCCCCCUGAACCCUAAGACUCCAAGCCAUCUUUCAUCUAGGCCCCCUUGGAAAGCCGGGUGACCUGGGAAUGGCCCAGAGCGUCUCUGUGCCCAUCCUCCCUCCCCCUCCAGCCACCUCACUCUACACUCCUGCGAGCCUGUGACCCCACCCGGCUCCGCUCCUGUGAUCCGGGCCUGCCCCCUGGUGGCCGGGGAGGGAGGAGCAGGACCCGUGCGCAGGAACCUGGUUCCUGCAGGGCAGGCGGCUUGAAUGCUGCCGCUGCUGCCAGGACAUUCGCCGACCACUUUACUCAGGCCCGACGUGGAUAGGCAAACGGCUCAGCCCAUCCGAUUUCACUUUUCACGCUUCCAGCCACUGGUCACAAACCAUAAAUCCUUGUUUAUGAGCCCCUGAUCUCUGGGGAGGUCCCAGUCCCAUAGCAAACGAUCAGCACAACCUCUACCAGCUUUCAUGGGAGCCUCUGGCUUUGAACAGCCCCGCUCCUAGGGAUGCUGCGACGACCCCUUCCUCACAUAUGCUGCCGUUGGAGCCACUGCUGCACAUCCCUUCCCCCAAGGCAGUGUGGGUAUUUAUUGACCUUGUCCUCUGACUCACUGACAGACUCCGGGACCCACGUUUUGGAUGCACUGAGACUCUACAUUCCUCGGUAUUUAUUGUCUGUCCCCAUCUAUAAACCCACCCCCGACCCUUGCGAAUAAAAUACUUUCUGGUCUGCCCUAA